AUGUGGUAUGUCUCUUAUAAAAAAUAAAUAAAGACUCAGAGAAGCAAUUUCACUUAAAAAGAAGUCCAAUUCAUUCAUUAGCCACAUUUGAGCCUUAAGCAAUCAUAAAUCCAAGGAAUUUAUCUUCAUCAUUUUAUCUAUCUUCUAAAGAGAGAGUAGCCAUAUGAUUCAAAGCUAUCAACUCAAGACGAUCCCUAUAAAAAUGAAAUCUUGAAAUUGAAGAAUACUCAAUAGCCAGAAAUAAUAGGCUAAAGGAACUAUCUCAAAAAGCAAGAGCCAAUAUCAUAAAUUUUCUCAGUUCAUUUUCAAUAAAACAAAUCUAAUAAUAAUCCUCUAAUUAUUGCUAAGGAAGACUCUUAACUGGAGUUGUCAAAGCAUAUUUUCAAGUGGCUUUCAACACAUCUUACAAACAGAACUCCUUUUGUUGACAGAAAGACUAAAAGCACCUUUAGGAAAGAUAAGAGAUAUUAAGGAAUCAAUAUGCAUCUUGAAAAUAGAAUCUAAAAGAAAUCCAUUUCUACUAUCGAAUUUUCAAAUCUGCUUAGAGAAUGCAAGAUAAUUGAGUUAACGAAAGACAUCUAAUUUAAUCCAAUCAGGCAAUAAUUAUGCAUCAAACUUCUUUUAAAAAGAGGUUAACGAAAGAGGUCUCAUACAUGGACUACUUCGAUGCCCGAUAAAGGUGAUAACAUGCAGUGUGCUAUGAAGGUGGUCUAAGUCUCCAUAACACAUCCUUUAUCUUAAACAUCUAAAAAUGCCAAAAGGGGUAAAGGAAGCACAGAGAUCUUAAAAUUUCAUUCUAUUUGA